CGGGCAGGCGCGGUGGCAGGAACGGGCUUACCUGCUUCCCGCCACCGGGGCUGGGCGGGGAGGAGCGGGGAGGAGGGGCCGCGCGCACAACCUGUGGAUCUCCAGGCGGCCGGCGGACCCACACUCGCCGGGACCGUAGGGGGGGCGCCCUUGGGGGGCCCGGAAGACGCGAAAGAGCGAGAAAACAAACUUGGAGAGAGGAGUGACCUGGGGGCCGGGGGCGGAGUCGCCAGCGGGGGAGGAGAGAGUGAGCUGCAGCGAGAGCGCGGCUGGCCCAGGAAGCGGAGAGCGCCGCCCACCCACCCGGGGCGAGAGAGGCGCCGCGGGCAGAGGCAGGCUGGGCCGGGGGCUGCCGGGCCCUCGACCCCCACCGUGACCCCGCAGCCCCCAGCCCGCCCCCAAGAUGAUGAAGAGGCAACUGCAUCGCAUGCGGCAGCUGGCCCACACGGGCAGCUUGGGACGCACCCCGGAGACUGCCGAGUUCCUGGGGGAGGACCUGCAGCAGGUGGAGCAGCGACUGGAGCCGGCCAAGCGAGCAGCCCACAAUGUCCACAAACGGCUGCAGGCCUGUCUGCAGGGCCAGAGCGGGGCGGACAUGGACAAGCGGGUGAAGAAGCUUCCCCUCAUGGCUCUGUCCACCACGAUGGCCGAGAGCUUCAAGGAGCUGGACCCCGAUUCCAGCAUGGGGAAGGCCUUGGAGAUGAGCUGUGCCAUUCAGAACCAGCUUGCUCGCAUCCUGGCUGAGUUUGAGAUGACCCUGGAGCGGGACGUCCUGCAGCCGCUCAACAGGCUGAGUGAGGAGGAGCUGCCAGCCAUCCUCAAGCACAAGAAGAGCCUGCAGAAGCUGGUGUCUGACUGGAACACACUCAAGAGCAGGCUCAGUCAGGCAGCUAAGAACUCAGGCAGUGGCCAGGGCCUGGGCGGCGGCCCGGGCAGUUACACCACCACAGCCAACAAGGUGGAGAUGCUGAAGGAGGAGGAGGAGGAGCUGAAGAGGAAGGUGGAGCAGUGCAAGGACGAGUACUUAGCCGAUCUGUACCACUUUGCCACCAAGGAGGACACCUAUGCCAACCACUUUAUCCACCUCAUGGAGAUUCAGGCCGAUUACCAUCGCAAGUCUCUGAGCUCUCUGGACACGGCCCUGGCUGAGCUGAGGGAGAACCACAGCCAAACAGACCCCUCCCCCUCGAUGAUGGCCGCCCCCUUCUCCAGGGUGUAUGGGGUGCCUCUGGGAACCCACCUGCGAGAGCUGGGCCGGGACAUCGCCCUGCCCAUCGAGGCCUGCGUCAUGAUGCUGCUUUCUGAGGGCAUGAAGGAAGAGGGCCUCUUCCGUCUGGCCGCCGGGGCCUCGGUGCUGAAGCGCCUCAAGCAGACAAUGGCCUCGGACCCCUGCAGCCUGCAGGAGUUCUGCUCUGACCCCCACGCUGUGGCAGGUGCCCUCAAGUCCUACCUGCGGGAGCUGCCGGAGCCCCUGAUGACCUUUGACCUCUAUGAUGACUGGAUGAGGGCAGCCAGCCUGAAGGAGCCAGGAGCCCGGCUGGAGGCCCUCCAGGAGGUGUGCAGCCGCCUGCCCCGUGAGAACCUCAGCAACCUCAGGUACCUGAUGAAGUUCCUGGCACUGCUGGCCGAGGCGCAGGAGGUGAACAAGAUGACACCCAGCAACAUCGCCAUUGUCCUGGGGCCCAACCUGCUGUGGCCCCCUGAGAAAGAAGGGGACCUGGCCCAGCUGGACGCAGCCUCCGUCUCAUCCAUCCAGGUGGUGGGCAUGGUCGAGGCUCUGAUACAGAAUGCAGACACCCUCUUCCCCGGAGAUAUCAACUUCAACGUGUCAGGCCUGUUCUCAGCGCCUGCACCCCAGGACAAGGUCAGCGACAGGCCGGCUUCCGAGGAGCUUCCAUCGAUUGCCACACCCACCCCGGCCCCUGCACCAGCUCCGGCUCCGGCCCCUGCCCCAGCCUCAGUGGCUCUCAAGGAAAGGGCAGAGUCUGAGGCACCCCCCAGACCAGCCUCCCCCAAGGUCAGUAGGAGCUCCCUGGAGGCAGCGACCCCAACAGAGGACAUGGCUCGGAGGAGCACCGGGAGCCUGGCUGCUGCCGUAGAGACAGCCUCAGGCCGCCAGGCCCUGGUGGUGGGCAAGCCCAGCCCCUACAUGUUUGAGUGCAUCACAGAGCACUUCAGCGUGGACCCCAGCCGCAUACUUAUGGUGGGCGACCGCCUGGAGACCGACAUCCUCUUCGGCCACCGCUGUGGCAUGACCACCGUGCUCACGCUCACAGGCGUCUCCCGUCUGGAGGAGGCCCAGACCUACCUCGCAGCUGGCCAGCACGACCUCGUGCCCCAUUACUAUGUGGAGAGCAUCGCGGACAUGAUGGAGGGGUUGGAGGACUGAGCCCACCUGACCAGCAACUGCGGCUGCAACCCUUGCUCACCCUGUUCCUGUAGAUGGAGGUGAUGGGCCAAGAGCUGCAUUAAGGGCUACCAGCUCCCUGGCCCCAGUUUCUACCCUGGUGGGGCUGGAACCCAGGGAAGAUGUCAGGGCCCUUGGACCCCCUUCCAGCAGUGGCUGGGCACUCUCCUGUCCCAGAAGCUGCCCCCUCCCUGCCACUGGUUUACCCUGGCCUGACCCAGCCAGGUGGCCUUAUAUCCUGCCCUGUGACCUCCGCUUGUUUAAAUCUGGGCCCUGCUGCCUUGUGAGGACUUCCCCCAACCCUGAGCACUUAAUCCCCUACCUCCUCCCUGGGGCCUCUAGGGCUCUGCCUGCUCCUGGGUCCUGGCCCUGGGUUCCUACUGACCGAUCAGAGGUCUAGGUAGCCAUGAAUCAUUAUUGUCCUGAGCCCUGAAUGGACCGAUCAGAAGGCUAAGUGAUAGUGACUCGUUGCUGUUGGGUCUUGAGUGGACCAGUUGGGAGCCUAAGCGACAAUGACCCUUUCUUGUCCUAGGUCCUUGGUAGACCAAUCAGGACCCUAGGUAAUAAUGACCCAUUAGUCUCUUGGAUCCUGAAUAGAACAAUCCAGAAGUCUGAGAGACUGGCCUCUUGACAAUCUGGGUCUGACUGGACCAGCCAGGGGUCCAGAUUUCUGUUCAUAAAUACGGGUCCAAGUGCUGAAGACACCCCUCCUCCACAAAGGGGGCCACUUGGUGGCUCUGGGAGCUUCUGUAGCUGAGAGCCCCACCCUCCCUGAUCACGGUACCAGACCAGUGUUGACGGUGGUCACAGCUUGGGAGGGGGCCUUUUGUGGCCCGCCCCGCGUGCUGUCAGUGUUUGCUGUGCCACCUCUCCCCCGCGCCCACCCCCAGCUAUUUAUUUAUUAUUGCGUGCCAGUGAUGGUGGGGCUGGGGGCUGGGCCUUCCCUGCCACCUCCACCCCUGUUGUAACCAGUCCUCCCGUACUUAAUAAAGUGCGAGUGGGAGUGUC